AUGGAGCAGAACAUUUUCGACGUAUCGGAUGACAUUUCGUUCCCGUGGUUGCCGGCGUAUGCCGAGGCAACGGAAGCGAAUCCACACAACACCACCAGCAGCCGGAUGCUGGAGACGAUCGUCGAGGAAACGUCCGACGACGAUGAUGGGCGGGAUAAGGACCAGGGCGGAACGCAGCAACCGCUCAGCUGGUCCCAGUACGAUCAUGUCUGGAGUUCCGGCGGUUCAGACGCCGAAUCGGUGAUACGCGUCGAAACUCCUUCCGAUCAAGACACAAUGUCCGAGCGCGAUUUCAUCUGUCCGCCGAAGCGUCGGAAGCAGGAGACAUCGUUCGGUGACGAGUUUCUUGCUUCCGAUCUGUCCGCCAUCUACGGUAGACGGCAGCGCAUUUGCGAACCGGACGGGCUGGAAGGGAAUGAAUAUUUCAUGAAGCGACACAAUGAACAAAGGUUGCGAUUCGAUGAGAUUGGACAUGAUCUAUUUACCGACUCGGAUAGCCUGUCGUACGCGUCGCUCAGCCGCUCGUCGUCGCUGAUCCAGUUUGAAUCGUUGGAACGGCAGCUGCAGAAUGAGACAACGGUGAACCAACAUCCACUGUCCGGGUCGUCACCGUCGCUGUACACAACCGAAUCCAAUACCGCCUGCCCGGGCGUGUACCAUCAUGGUGGGGACGCGGCACGAGGGAAACCGGCGGCAGCCGCCAUCAACGGUGGGCCGGCUGGUAGCAAUCUGCUAACGACAUCGAACCUCAUCCAGAAGAGUAUCGCCCAGACGGCACUCAACAUCAGCGACUCGGAGCUCUACUCGACGUCUUCCAGUGUGAGCAGCACCGGCAGCUGCAGCGGUCCGGACAGCAGCAGUAACGCCAGCACCAGCACGAGCAGCAACAGCAGCAGUAGCAGUGGCUUCCGGUACACCGACAGCCGGGCCGGGGUGGAUAAGCGUUUGGUAGGGCGCGAGGUCGACCGGAGCAUUGGUGGCGGUGGAACUACCACACCGGAAGACGCCGGUGACACCGAGGAGGAGCUGCUCAGUGCAACCGUCCGGUGCCAUUCGAGCCGCUGUUCCGAACGGCAGCGGCACAGUGGACGGGGCAUCGCCGCCCGCAACAAGAACUCGAUCGAGAGCCUCAGCGAGGACAGUGGAUAUUGUGAUCAUUUGCAGCAGCAGGGCGGCAGCAUGCACAGUGGUGGUGGGUUGCGCGCACGCUCCAAAAGCUUAACCAACUUCGGUUCGGCCGAAAACAUUACGUUCCUGUGCGGUAACGGUGGUGGGAUGUUUCCGUCAACACUGUUGCCGGUGCCGGUGACGCAGCAGCAACACGAACAGCAGCAACCGCUCAGCCUGGACUGCACCGCGAUGGAAGUGCGCCACGUGGCGUACCACGAAAACCGCCUGUCGACGGUGUGUGACGUGGAUGAGGAGGACGAACAGGCCGAGGCGGGUGACGAUGGAUGCAGCAGGGAUGCCAAAUGCAUCGAAUCCGCACCAACACCGGCAAUCGAACGGCAGCAUGCGCCACCACAGCCGCAACUGUGGACGAAUAUUAAUAAUGGUACAAAAAUAGAGCACGGUCGCGGUUCGUGUAAACAACGGACGGGCGAAUCGCGUCAGCGGGGUGCGGAGUCUGGCACACGUACGGUGACAUCGAUGGCGUCGUCGUCGCGUUCGGCGAUUAAAAAUAGCACACCGGUCGGUCGUACCCGAUUGCGACCGGUGCUGUCCCUCAGCGCACCCGAUCUGCUCGUCGGGGUGGAUCGACAGCGGCGGCUGCGGCGACACACGGAUGAUCGGACCCCGUCGGCAUCGGCCGGCACCGUUGGUCUGUACGAUCCAAUCAGUUUUACCGUGUCCAGCGUGCCCGAGUGUUUGAACCUGUACGGUGGCGGUGUAUCUGCGAACCGUUCGCGCCACGGUUCGUUCGACAGUGAUAGUGCGUCCAGCGAGUUCCUUCGCCACGGUUACGGAGGUGCCUGUGGCGAGUCGGUGGCGAGCAAAAACUUUAAUCUGUACGAUUUGCAGCAACAGCGACCGUACACCGCGCCGGUCAAGUGCACCAAGACGGUGACGUUCCAAACGGGCAGCUGUACCAGUAGCCCGUCCCGUCCGAAGCAGAACAUUCGCGCCAGUUACGCAAACCUCACCGCCCUCAACUACAGUGACGACGAGGAGGACGACCCGGUGUACGGUGGGCGCCGGGGGCAUGAGUACUAUCUGAGCCGUAACACGUUCCGUACGAGCAGCGGCACUAGACUGGGUGGUGGAAGCCGUACAUCGAACACGAUUGUCCCGCGAACGACACUGCUCACCGUGCCAAUGGAGCAUCAUCACCAGCGAGGACAUCUUCCGGAGCAGCCGGACGUAAGCGUGGUGGUGGAGGAGGAACUGGCAGACGAUGAGGAAAGCUGCAUUUUCCCGGUCGAUCGUGACGAGAAGAGUGUGUUCCACUCGCUGCUGGAGGAGAUGUCGGCCCACUUUGACCGCAAUCUGUCAAUUAUUAAUGAUCAGGCCGAGGCGUACGAACCGAUCGCGGCCUUCCUGCAAGAACAGCGCUCUUCGUCGAAUGCUUCCGGCAGUGCGCGACUCCAUGCCACCCUUGGCAUCGUGACACCCCCGCCAGCUCCACCGCGUCGUACGCAGAUCAAAACCAACCCUCACCUGGCACAGCAAAGCACGGGAAGUCCAUCGGUUCCGCCCAAGCUGACGGUGAACUCGGUGACAACGGUUGUGACACCGCCUCCACCAUCCGGCACAACUCGUCGAAGAACCUUCGACCAGGAUCCGACCAAUUUGGUCACCUGCUACGCGGCCAGCCUCGAACGUUGUACCUUCGAUCCGACGGAAACGUCCACCAGUAACCUCGCGCAGGCGAGUGAGCUGCAUACUAAUGGUCGUGUUGCGUUGCCCCGAUACGUGCCAGUUCCGGUGAAGCGUGAGUUUGUGGCCAGUACGCCGAACCUGCACUACUACCACGGUGCGGUUGCGGACAGUGAGGGCGGCGAAGACACCCGGCCGGAUCAUCACAACUCGCUGAGGAAUGUUUCGAGUUGCCGCUCGACUGGAAGCAUACUGGCGACGGCUUCGAGUUCCCGCUGUGGCCUUUCGAAGGGUGUCAGCUUCUGCCCGAUAGUGUCGGAGAUCAUCUGGAAGAGUACGGGCAGUUCGGAUCUGGAGCCGGAUGAUAAUGGGAGCGUUAUUUCCAAUCAAGACUUCGAGAUCGACAUCGACGAGGAUGAUUUCGAGGCGGAUGAUCUGGAUCAUAUGAAUUUGCAGCUGGAAAAUGGUCGGGCAGCUUCAGCUGAUGAUCGGUACUCGAUUCCGCAGGCUGCAAACAGUCUACCGUGCUUGGACGAUGAACGUAACCAACGAAAUGGUGUGCCAGAACGUGAACAUACGACUAGUGAGCGAAGGUUUUAUUCGAAUAAUCUACAAUCGAAGAAUAAGAGUGAAGGUGAACUGUAUGCGAUGAUCCGCGAAGAGGACGGUUAUGUGCAGCAUCCAUCGACGCUGAUUGCUAACGAUCGCGCCGAAACGGUGCAGCUGAACGGUGCUAAUGGUGGUGCAGGUGUAACGAUGACCUCUAGUGAUCUAUCAUACGCUGGUGAUUUAUCUAGUGCCGGACAAGCGAGCCGGAACAGAAUGAGUGAUACACAUGGUGCUGGUGUUGUGUUGGUGGCAGAUGAGCGUAGAAAUGGUGGCAACAGCAAUGGUGCAAUGGCGAGCAGAAAUUUAAUUGCUGGCGAGCAGCAGAUGCGUUUAGUGAGCAGUAGUGACAAUGUGCAGGGUAAGGGUGGAUCGGCAGCAACGAUGCCGGCCCAGUACACCAACAACAGCAGCCUGAUAAAGAACUUCAAAAAUGGCAAAGCGGAGAAGAAGGGCAAAACCUUCCUGUCGCGCAUAUCGUCCGGUUUUCGAUUUUCGUUCCGCAACAAAUCAAAGAAGGGAACGCCCGGUGCCGUUGGUGGGCUAAAGGAAUCGUCGAGCUUUACCGCACCGACAGCGGUAAACAAUAACAACAACAUCAACGCGAAGGUUGGCCGCGGUGGUACGAGCUCCGCUAGUGGGAAUGAUAGUGCGUCGGCCGACUUCAUCUACAUUCCGCUGAAGGAUCCGCGCAAACAGAACCACCGGCCGGACGAACCGCCGUCCUAUCUGCAGCGCCAGAUCAGUGCGGCCGGUGUGACGGUCGAUGACAGCUUCACCGGAGCGGAGGACGAACCGGACGAUUGUGAGAUAGCGGUGACGCGACCCGGUGGCGGUGCCGGUUACUACCGUUCGGAUUCAAGCACGGCACUGAACGGUGACGGUGGGGCAGGGGAACAGGGCCGGGCCGGGACAGGGAACCACGUGUUGAGCUCCAAGCCACCGCUACCGAAGCAGCCACCGCGCGUCGUCGGUGUGUGUGCGAAGCGCUCCAGCACCUCACCAGCCUCGCUAAAGCACGCACAUGCGCAGCGGGCGUCGUCGACGCCACCGAGGGAUGCCGAACAGGACGAGCUCGACUCGACCACGACGACGGCGACGAUGUCAUCGUCCUACUACCAGCGCCGUAGCCCAUCGCAGCAUCAGUACGCGGCCAACGGUUCAUACGGUUCCUACCACGGUGGCGCCGAUACGCUAAGCGUCGAAGGGUACGGCGACGAGGACGAGUACUAUUACGGUGCGGGCGGUGACGGACGGUUAGUGCACCGCGGCAGCAUCAUGGGCAGUGAGCAGAAGAUCGGUCUCAUCGAGACCAACCUGGACACGCACGAGACCAUCAUCUCGGGCAAGACGCGCUCGCUGAUGGAGCUCGGCGGUGGCCAGCACUACCGUGGCUACCAUCACCUGCAGCAGCAACAGCAGCAACAGCAGCAUCAGCAACACCGGUCGUCCGGCAUACCGCACGGCCAUCAUCAACUGCAGGUGCACGAUCCUGCCCAGCGGCCGACGAACGGCAUCAAGGAUCACCACCAUCACCGGGCACCGGGCAGUGCCGAUGGUCCCGGCAGACCCCACAAAAGCAUGGAGUUCCUGUUGGACAAGGAAAACCAACGUAACGUUCUGCCCCCGGAAAAUGAGCUCCAGAAGUCACACGAAACAGGCACCAAUCUAAGCGAACAUCAGCUUCGCGUGCAGGCAUCACUGCAGCGGCUGAAUAUUCCCGACUGGUACAAGCAAUAUUCUGGCAAGGAUGGACCGGCGAACACGACCGCACCGGUGGCGGGUGCCACCGCUGCUGCCGGUGGCAUACUGCGCAAGCGGAACAGCGACGUCGGACGAUGGACCGGGCUGAGCUCGAAGACCACUUCGCUCAGCUCGCUCGGAUCGCACCGGUCGGACCGUAGUCCAGUGAUGCUGAGUCCCUCCGCACACAGCCACCACGGUCAGACCGGGUUCUCCCGAUGGUCCACGUCCCACCUGAACUCGAACCAAACGUCACCGAGCGUAUCGACGCGGGGCUCAUUCACCCGGGGCGGGCUGAACGCGAGCGUUAUAUCCGGCUACUCGACUGCUUCCACUACGGCCGGAACCGGUGCCAAUAGUAGCAGUAGUACGAUUAGGAACUCCUUCCGCCAGCCGUACCUUGGCUGGAGAAGUCAGGAGAAGCUGUCCCAACCGCGAACACCAGCGGAACGACUUGCAUCAUCUCUGCUGCAACAGCAAGGCACGAACAAACAGAAGGAACAGCAACAACUGAAAGAACAGCAACAGCGAGGAAAGCACCCGCAAAAGGAGGAAUCCGUCGUAACGCCGGAAAUUCAAUCAUCAAUCAUAGAAGUAACGUCAGCGAUUGUACAUUAUGUAAAUGACCAAACAAAUCGACACUCACGCAGUAGAUCUACUAGUCCAAGCCAAAGAUGUUGGCUAGAAAGUUCGUUUGUUGGUACCCGGCCCCUCGAUUCCCCGCAGACGCCGUUGAUCGAGAAUAGUUCCGUUCUAGGAUCCGGCCACCAUCAGCAGCAGCAUCAGCAGCAACAGCCGCAAACGGCCGGCGAUCAUUAUCGGUUUAACGCCGGCCGGAUGAAUGGCGUCGGGAUGUCCGGCGCGGUUCCGACGUUCUCGCUACCACCCGAGCAUCAGUCGCCCGGAUCGGCCACACUCGAGGAUGUGCUCGCCUCGUUGCUCGGCUUGCCGGCCGAUUCACACAGGUCCUCAGCGCCCAACAGCACCAGCAGUAACCACACGCUGCAGAUCGAACCGAUGCAGGCGCGCCGUCGGAGCGAAGGGGAUGCGGCUGGGACGCGGAAGCGCAACGACAGCGGCGGUUCGAUGGCGAUCAGCAGCACCACCACCACCACCACGACCAGCGGCAGCACCAACCAGAGCGGCCGUAGCACACAGCAGCCCGGCACGGUCAAGACCGAUCUGCUGGGGGUCGGGCUGGAUGCCCGGAUCGCCCGCCGGGUGUCGCUCGAUUCGGCCGAAGCGGCCGGUCACCAUCACCGUGGGCACGACUACCUCAAGUGCCGGUAUCCGCGGUGCGACGCGACCGCCACGCUGGCGGAGGCCCGGAAGACCUACAAGAGCUGCCACAACUGUUCCCAUCUGUACUGCUCGCGCGAGUGCCGCCGGGCGCACUGGGAGCGACACCGGAAGGCCUGCCUGCACUCGCGGGUGUCCGCCCUGUGCCGGUUGGUGCUGUCCACGUGCAAGGACGACGCGGACACGCUCCGGCACCUGAGUGCGCUCGCGCGCCGGGGCUACUUGUCGCAGGGGCGAGGUGUUGUUAGAAUACUGUUCCGCAGCCCGGAAAGCGCCGACUCCUUCAUCAAGCAGGGCUUCCAGUGCCUGGGCGAGGUGUCGUAUGUGCGCUGGCCGGACCUGCUGCCAGCCGAGAUGGGCCCGGAGCUCUACUCGGAGCUGCUGAAGCUCAGCACCGAGUACAAGCCCGACUCGAAGAUGCUCAUAUACGUUGCGAUCUGCGUGGUGUCGGAAGCGCCGGGUAGUGCGACCGCACCGGUCAAAUGGGAACGCCAGCUGGUGUCGCGGUGCGCGAAAUUGAAGCUGUGCCGAUCGGUCGUGAGUGAGAUCGCGGCCAGCGGACCGGGCGGUGAGCGAACCGGUCCGCGCGCUGACACCGUCGGCGAUGUGCUCGUGCUGUCGUUCAAUAUCCUUUCGAAGACGACCCAGCGGGCGCGGGAGCAGGUAUCGCUCAACAUACAGACGAUCCUGCGGCAGCGCGGUGUCAAUCUGCGCAAACACUACCCGGAGGUCUUCCAGCGGUUGGCCACGUUCGUGGAGGGCAGCACCGAUCGGUUCCUGCCGGUGACGCUUCAUCCGCGCGAUAACGUCACCGGGCGAUCGUUUGUCUGCAUUAUUAUGCCAAACUACGGCGACACGGAUCGCGUGCAGUUCCCGGUGUCGGAGAACAGUGACGACCGUGUUGUGACGGUUGAUGUUGGGGCUGAUCUGGGAGAUGAUCUUACUAGCAAACUUUAA